AUGGCUUUUGCAGGUAUCCUUGAGAAAGAAGAUAUUGAAACAGCCAUAGAAACUUGCCAGGCUCCUGACACAUUUGACCACAAGGCUUUCUUUGCCCAGGUGGGUCUGACUACCAAACCUGCUGAAGAACUGAAGAAAAUCUUUGCUGUUCUGGAUCAGGAUAAGAGUGGCUACAUCGAGGAGACCGAACUCAAAUUUUUCCUGCAGAACUUUCAAGCUGGAGCCAGAGUUCUGACUGACAAAGAGAACAAGACUCUCUUGACUGCGGGAGAUGCUGACGCUGAUGGAAAAAUGGGACCCGAUGAGUUUGUUGCCCUUGUGAAGUCAUGAAUAAUACUGGACAAAAGUUCAGCACCACUGGCUCCUCCAUGGAUCACAUGAAAAACUAUGCCACAUAAAUGCC